CUUCUCUUCACAUCACACCCGAACCCAAGCUUUCCUCCUGAUUCCCCUCUUCAUCGUGCCCUAGCCGUCUCUCUCUCUCUCUCUCUCGUUCUCGUGUCUGCGAUCACGCCGACCACCAUUCGUAUCGCUGUUGCCCUAGAUUGCCGACUGCCGCCUUCAUCACCGAUAACCUCUCCGCGCUGCCGCUGCCACCCAUAGGCCUUUGCUAGAGAUGCCGAAAGGGAGGAAUUGACACCAGUGAGGGCAGCAAGGUCUCACACUUACGGAUUUGGGCGGAGUCGCUACCAUUGGAGGUCAUCAGCUCCAUUCCCUCUCUGCCACAGUAUGCUGCAACCCAUUUCAUCGUCGGCACAGGACUGUCGAUCUCUUCCUGUUCCACUUCCCAUCAUCGUCGUCAUCAUGAGCCCUAGUGUCGAGCCACCUCUCUCGCUGGGCUGCCCUUGCACACGAUGAUCGCCACUGUGCUUGACGGUUGCCAUUGCUUUCUUGCGAUCAUGCCACCACCAGCACCCGAUCCGAAACUCCUCUUCCCCUCGCAUCCAUCGUCGCCACCUGAUCAUCUUCCCUUCAGCUGACCCACACUGAUAUGUCGAUCGUGUUGUGCCCUAGCCAGCUAUGCCAUGCUGCUCAUGCCAAGCUCGACGACACAAGCUGAAGGGAGUACAUAUGUUGGUCUCUCAGACAUGGUAGUUCCUCUUUCUGAAGCCGAGGCAGUGAAAGGUACUGCUAUAUUCCAGCAAGGUAAGCCAUGCUCAUGCCAGGCUCGACGAGAUCAAGGGAUCAUUUAUAGGUAAACUUUCUAGUUUAAGAAGUUAUUUGAUCGUUAAAUAGAUGUGGAGUGAUUAGCUCAUUGGAUGAGUAAUGAGGUUAAUGGUUAUGUGAUCGACGGUGGGAUAUUGGUGUUCAUUUGAUUGGCUGUCCAUCUCUUCUCGCGCUUAGACCCUUCAACCGUGCCCAUCGCCUCCAACACUUAGCCAUCAGAGGGUUUGGUGGUGGGCUGAUUGAUUUGGGAUUGUGAUUCGAGAUGAGUGUCUUGACGUGAGAUUGUUUAGCUCGAUCUACAUUUAAGACGGGUAGCAGGUAAAGGACUUAUGAAGUCGCUUGGAGAACCUGUCCGCUAGCCCUAUGUCACAUCUGAUGAUGAUCUUCUGGUUUUGGUUUCCUUUUCUAUUUGUGGUUUGGUUUUGUGAUCUUGGUAUUGUAAUAAUUCGAUGUCGACUUGAAGUUUUGUCUUGUGGUAUCUUAUAUUGGUUUGAUAAUGUUGUGUCAAGCCGAGCCAUCUCGUAGUUAGUUGUUUUGUUCAUUUCACGUUCAUUAUUUUGUGAUUUUCGUUGUGCUAUGUUUCAACCAAGUGGGCUGCAUUAUUAACUACGUGGUUAUGCUAUGUUUUAACCGUGUGGGCUGCAUUAUUAACUGCAUGGUUGUGUGUAUAUUCCAGCUGUAUAUGGUUGAUGUAUUUUGUAUGUAUGUCUCAGAUUGUCACCGGUUCAGGGGAGAUGUUGUCGAAAUUUUUCGGUAAGGACUCCUUUGGGGGGCGUGAUAGUAACAUCUUGAUAUUUGCACCUUUUUUUUUUUGCAAAGUUUAUACUUGCUAUUUUCUUGUUUUUUGUUUUUAGUUUAGCUUAACUUAAGUUGCUCACAUAAAAAAUGGGGAGAUUGUAAGUACCCCGUGACAGUUUUAUGUGAUUAAUCAAGUCAAGUUAAGCCCUAUUAUGUUUUGAUGCCCUAUGUCUGAGUGUGCAGGAACUUAGGAGCACAGGAGGAUGAGCGAAAGACACAACUAACGAGAAUGACAACACAGGGAAAGAGUCAACGAGCUCGGUGCAUUCAAGAGACGAGGCACAGCCGAAGAGUACACUGGUGGAUGAGAAGGAAGUGCGUGAUAGUUCUGAGUAUGGUUGUAAAUGAACCAAGCGUUCGUGAACUAGCUUGGUAUUCAUCUUGAGGAGAGGUGACUACGAAAUGUCCGGCAUUGAGGACUCAGAUGAAAGCACUCAUAAGAUCAAAAGGCUCGCGAGUUCAGGAAGUAAAGCUAAAGAACAUGUGAAACAGUUGCAGAGACUCCAAGAGAAGGAUCCUGAAUUUUAUCAGUAUAUGAAAGAGCAUGACAAGGAGCUGUUAGAGUUCGAUGCAGAAGAGAUUGAUGAUGAGGCAGACACUGAUGUGGAAGUGGAUGCUGACACUCAUGUUGCUGUACAAGAAGAUAAGCAAACAGAGAAAGCAAUUACUGCUGCAAUGGUUGAUUACUGGUGCAAGGCAAUCAAAGAUUAUAAGAGUCUUCAUGCUCUUAAAUCCUUGCUGAGAGUGUAAAAUACCGGAAAAUAGGCGAAUCUUAAUAA